AAAAAAAUGAGUUUAGCUGAAAAAUGUGGCGAUCGUGUGAAUGUGCUACCUCCGUCCACGAAAGGGCGGCUAAACGAGGACGUGACGUGGCUCUUUAAUCCUCUUAUGUUAACGAGACAGCAGCGGAGAGAACAUAAAGCUUUCUCUCCACCUUCCAUGAAUUCAUCAACUGUUGCUCUGUCGGACAAACAAAGAGAGAAGUGACUUCCAUCUAAAAGUUCCAGAAGCAGGAUGCUGAAGUCCCGGAUGUUGUGGAUGGCCGUGAGGUGUCACGUGACUCCUGGUGUGGCUUACUCUACCGCUGCUGCUCAGCCACAGGAGAAGGCGAAGAAGACCAGGUUCGGUCCUCUGAGUGACGAGGAUCGAAUAUUUACCAACCUGUACGGCCGUCACGACUGGAGGCUGAAAGGAGCGCUAAGUCGAGGCGACUGGUACAAGACCAAAGAGAUCCUCCUGAAGGGGGCGGACUGGAUCCUGAACGAGGUGAAGACCUCCGGGCUGAGGGGCAGAGGAGGAGCAGGAUUCCCCAGCGGCAUGAAGUGGAGCUUCAUGAACAAACCCAGCGAUGGCAGACCGAAGUACCUGGUGGUGAACGCGGACGAGGGGGAGCCGGGAACCUGUAAGGACCGUGAGAUCAUGCGUCACGACCCCCACAAGCUGCUGGAGGGCUGCCUGGUCGCCGCCAGAGCCAUGGGGGCCCGUGCCGCUUACGUCUACAUCAGGGGAGAGUUCUACAACGAGUCCUCCAACCUGCAGGUGGCCAUUAACGAGGCGUACCAAGCGGGGCUGAUCGGCAAGAACGCCUGCGGCUCGGGUUACGACUUUGACGUGUUUGUGAUGCGGGGGGCGGGCGCCUACAUCUGCGGAGAAGAGACGGCGCUCAUCGAGUCUCUGGAGGGCAAACAAGGCAAACCCAGACUCAAGCCUCCGUUUCCCGCAGACAUCGGGGUCUUUGGGUGCCCCACCACGGUUUCCAAUGUGGAGACGGUCGCCGUGGCGCCCGCAAUCUGCCGCAGGGGCGGAGCCUGGUUCGCCGGCUUCGGGCGGGAAAGGAACUCCGGAACCAAGCUGUUCAACAUCUCGGGUCACGUGAACACGCCGUGCACCGUGGAGGAGGAGAUGUCCAUCCCCUUGAGGGAGCUGAUCGAGAGGCACGCAGGAGGAGUGAGGGGCGGCUGGGACAAUCUAUUAGGGGUGAUCCCGGGGGGGUCUUCCACUCCCGUCAUCCCCCGGCAGGUGUGCGAUGACGUGUUGAUGGACUUUGACGAUCUGGUGCGUGCAGAAAGCGCACUGGGCACGGCCGCCGUCAUCGUCAUGGAUAAAUCGACGGACGUGGUUCGAGCCGUGGCGCGUCUGAUCCAGUUCUACAAGCACGAGAGCUGUGGCCAGUGCACACCUUGCAGAGAAGGAGUGGACUGGAUGGACAAGAUGAUGUGGAGGUUUGUGAGAGGAGAGGCUGCCGUUUCGGAGAUUGACAUGAUCUGGGAGCUGAGCAAGCAGAUCGAGGGCCACACCAUCUGCGCUCUGGGCGACGGCGCCGCUUGGCCUGUGCAGGGACUCGUGCGUCAUUUCCGUCCCGUCAUGGAGGCUCGCAUCGCCGAGUACAACAAGAAGAACUCUCCACGGGAGCCUGGCGUUGAGAUGAUCUGAAUAAAGUCAAUCCCUCGUUUAUCACUUUCAGGCACAUUUUCACCAAGUAGGAAUACUUAUCGGUUUAGCACCUUCUACACGCAGGUUUUAACAUUAUUAGAGCCCUCUAGACGUGAUAUAGCAUCCCUAUAGUCACCCAGGCCUUUGUCUUUCAAUGUGUGAAUACUUGAAUGUACAAUUUUCAAGUAAAGUACACGAGUACAGUACGUGGAAUGGAAGACAGCGCCUUAUAUUCUCAGACCUCCCGUGACCAUGUGAAAGUAUGCCCCCCCCCCAAAAAAAAAUGCUGAAUCCCAAAUGUACCACGCAAUAUUAAUGUAGCAUUGACAACAGGUGAUAUUUUGAGAAUAAAGUUUUGAAUUUACAAGAAAAAAAAAAGGUGAGUUGAUGUUCCAGGCAUGCCUGAGACAGCUAUGGAAAGGGCGGAGCUAUAUAUGUGACCUUUGGCAUCGGGCGUGUGGAUGUGGGGGCGGGGUCAGGAAGGGCUCCACACGCUAACCUGUUUGUGUUUUGCUGACAGUGUCAAGGCCGCACGUGUGUAGAGGGGCGUGGUCACAUGGGCGCAGGUGGGCGUACGCGCGUGCGUCCUGACGCGUACGGAAGCCACGCGAGACGCGCACGUGCUGGUGCCGCCGGAGGAGAGGAAAUGCCGGAAGCCGUGAUUGUUUCAGACGGUUCUGUCACACAAACAUUUCCGUUCGUGUUUGUAUUCUUCAUUAGCUUAGCCGUCACGCUGUCACUUGUCAAAGUUGUUCCAGUUGGGUGCCGUUACCACCGUCAUAAGCCCACCACACCGCGGAGUCUCUGUAAAAACUCAUCAAGACGGAGGACCCCUUACAACAAGUCAUCAAAAAGGCAUUAAAGGAGCACAAAUCACCGCACACAAGGCGCCAACGUGGGUAUGACGCCGGGGGAGCCACGUCCGCCAUGAAGGCAAAGACCUGCAAAUGGCUCCUUGACCCACUUUUGGGUCCCAACCCGGCAGUUGAGAACCACCACGGGUCAUCUGACAUCAUCAUGCAUUCCACGGAAGACGAGAAAUGCUGCUGAAGAAGUUCUUGGUCUGACCGCACCUCCGAAACGAGAUGAACAGUCUGCAUCCCAGCCUGUUUGGGCUUCAGCAGGAUGCGUUUGGUGUUGGCGACUCCGGGAGUCAAGGCGCCUAAAAC